CCAUGAAUGCAGCAUUCAAAAAAGGACUACAGCAAAUAUCUUAGCAGGAAAACUGACAGCUUCCCUCACGUUGGCGUGAUUUUAAGGGUUGCUAGGAGGUGUCGGUCUUCAUAAACCAACAGAACCGGAUCCGAACCGAUCCUGCGGGAUGGCUGGCUUAUCUUUAGCUGUCAGACUGUGUUGUUUGGACCGCAGGUUGAGUUCAGUGGCAGCCAGGACGAUUCGUGCAAAAGGUUUCGGUCCCUGUAGGUUGAGUCCAGUUGAAAGUUCAGUAUCUUUGUUCAGACAGGAGUCGUUUCUCCAGAGGAUAAUAAUCAGGGGACUGUUUGGUGGUGGAGGUGAAUCCGUUCAGCCGCAGACUCUGCAGGAUGUCGCCAAAAACAUCCGAGAGCGGCGCUGCAAAAGGGUGGUGGUGAUGGCCGGAGCCGGGAUCAGCACUCCGAGCGGCAUCCCAGAUUUCAGGUCUCCGGGCAGCGGCCUGUAUGACAACCUGCAGCAGUACGACCUGCCGUACGCCGAGGCCAUCUUCGAGAUCGGAUUCUUCCAUCGAAACCCAAAUCCCUUCUUCGCCCUGGCCAAAGAGCUGUACCCGGGUAACUACCAGCCCAACCUGACCCACUACUUUGUCCGCCUGCUUCACCAGAAGGGCCAGCUGCUGCGGAUGUACACGCAGAACAUCGACGGGCUGGAGAGACUUGCAGGAGUUCCUCCGGAGAUGCUGGUGGAGGCCCACGGCACGUUUGCAACCGCCACCUGCACCUCCUGCCUGCGGAAAUAUGAUGGCGAGGAGCUCAGACCAGAGGUGAUGAGCGGGGCCGUCCCUCGGUGUCCCACCUGUAAGGGCGUGGUGAAGCCUGACAUCGUGUUUUUUGGAGAGGAACUUCCUCUGAGUUUCUUCAAGUACCUGACAGAUUUCCCACUGGCCGACCUGCUGAUCGUCAUGGGAACAUCACUGGAGGUGGAGCCGUUUGCCAGCCUGGCCGGAGCCGUGCGCAGCUCCGUGCCCCGCCUCCUCAUCAACCGGAACCUGGUGGGGCCCUUCGCGUGGGGGCGGCGCCCUCAUGACGUCACUCAGCUGGGUGACGUGGUCAGCGGCGUGAAGGAACUCGUCGACGCUCUGGACUGGACUCGCGAGCUGGACGCUCUAAUGGCGGCCGGAAUUUCUUUCCACAUUAUGGAUCCUAAAGUUUCUGAAUGCAGAUUCAGAGGGAAUGUUUAGGAGUUUUCCAACAGUUGGAAUCACAUUUCCUGAUGCAUUUAUGAUCUGAAGUGUGAAAGCCGAUCAAUCAAACGGACCACCCAUGAGCUCAUUUAUUUGUGUUUAACGUUCAAAUAAACCAGCAUUAACACAAUUGCAAAAGCUCUGAUUUCCAUUUCAUUUCGUCGCCACGGUGACGGGUCCAUUACCAGAAAUCCUGCAGAGAAACAAAAGACCUCUCACCUUUUUUAAACCUUCAUUGUGAAGGAAUACCAUGCAGUAAUGCAGCUGUUACACAUUUUGAUUUAAAGUGAACUGGUGGGAAAGAAACGCUGAAAUGUAGAAGAGAAGUUCACUCCUCCUCAGGCUUCAUUUUAUUUAAACGAAGAGGUAAAAUUUUAACAAUUUUACAGCAAAUUUACUGGCAUUUAGUGCUUAAACCUACAGUAUGAUGGAGUGUUAGGGCUACACUAAGAAAAGAAACCUAAGAUUACGACAAUAAAGUUAGGUGGCCCGGAGUUCACUUUUUGGUUUGAUUAAUCAUUCACACCUCACCAAAUGAACCAAACUUUCUACACAUACACAAUGGUAUUUAGUUAAAAGUGGACUAAACAGUCCAAGGUGUGAACGCACCUUUAGUUCUCCUGCUACAUAUCUCACCUUAAAACCCAGCAAAUGGAUUGAGCAACACAUUUUUAAAUAAUUGUUGAUGUGAGUUCAAACCACAGCUUUUCUAACUUCCUGUAACCACUAGCUGGACUGCAGCAGUAACACCAACAUCUAUGCAAACACAAAGUGGAGAUUUAGCUCCAGUUUUUCCUCUAUUUUAUUAAAACUUAUGGUGUUUUUUCCUGCACAGUAUGGAUUUGCUGUUAAUUUGGCUUUAGGUGCCAACAGGGGGCGCUGCAGCUCAGUAUCAUCCCUUCAUCCUUUGCUAACGCAUUUAGAUGAGUAGAAGAAAUGGCUGUGAAGUUUCUAAUAAAUUUGUUGUCAUCGGUAAGAU